CUUCCGCCCGCCUUCCCUUGUCACGCGACCGCCUCCACGUCCCGCCCUUCCUUCUACCUACGGGCCGGCUUGGCUAGUGAUGAGAUAUUUGGAUCUCAGCUGUGGAAGCGGUGACGGCAGCUGCGAUCACGUCCGCGAGCGCAACCAUGGCCGAGUACCAAGCCCAGAAUAAACCCAAGCUCAUCGCUGACGUCCGACGGAGGUUCGAAGCUGAGUAUGUGGCAGAUAAGUCAGAUAAAUAUGAUCCACGUGAUGUUGAAAGACUACAACAAGAUGAUAACUGGGUGGAAAGUUACUUAUGUUGGAGGCAUAAUAUUGUAGAUGAAACACUGAAGAUGCUUGAUGAGAGUUUUCAGUGGAGGAAAGAGAUGUCUGUCAAUGACCUGACGGAAGCCUCCAUUCCCAGGUGGUUGUUGGAAAUUGGUGGUAUUUAUCUCCACGGUUAUGACAAAGAAGGCAACAAGUUGUUCUGGAUCCGGGUGAAGUAUCAUAUAAAAGACCAUAAGACCAUACUGGACAAAAAGAAGCUCAUUGCAUUCUGGUUGGAACGAUAUGCAAAGAGAGAAAAUGGGAAGCCUGUAACAGUGAUGUUUGACCUGUCAGAAACUGGAAUAAAUAGCAUAGACAUGGACUUUGUACGCUUUAUCAUCAACUGCUUUAAGGUUUAUUACCCUAAAUACCUCUCAAAAAUGGUGAUUUUUGAUAUGCCUUGGAUCAUGAAUGCUGCUUUCAAAAUUGUGAAAUCCUGGCUUGGUCCAGAAGCAGUGAGUUUGUUGAAGUUUACAACGAAAAAUGAUGUCCAAGACUAUGUCAGUGUAGAAUACCUGCCUCCUCACAUGGGCGGAAGUGAUCCUUUCAAGUAUAGCUAUCCACCACUAGUAGAUGAUGACUUCCAGACACCCUUGUGUGAAAAUGGACCCAUUGCCAGCGAGGAUGAAGCUUCGAGUAAAGAAGAUCUAGAAAGUGAUGGCAAAGAAUCCUUAGAAACAGUUUCUAAUGAAGAACAAGCAGCUUUUCUUAAAAAGAGUAAUGUAACCGAACCUACUUCCAAAGCAGAAGAGAGUGAAAAAGUUGAUUCCAAAAUGAGAGCUUUCAAGAAACCACUGAGUGUAUUUAAAGGGCCCUUAUUACACAUCAGCCCAGCAGAAGAACUGUAUUUUGGAAGUACAGAAUCUGGAGAAAAGAAAGCUUUAAUAGUGUUGACAAAUGUAACUAAAAACAUAGUGGCAUUUAAGGUGAGAACAACUGCUCCAGAAAAAUACAGAGUCAAGCCAAGCAACAGCAGCUGUGAUCCUGGUGCAUCAAUUGAUAUAGUUGUGUCUCCCCACGGGGGUUUAACAGUCUCUGCCCAAGAUCGUUUUCUCAUAAUGGCUGCAGAAAUGGAACAGUCAUCUGGCACAGGCCAAACAGAAUUGACUCAGUUCUGGAAAGAAGUUCCCAGAAACAAAGUGAUGGAACACAGGUUAAGAUGCCAUAUUGUUGAGAGCAGUAAGCCAACCACUCUUACAUUAAAAGACCAUGCUUUUAACAUGUCAGAUAAAACCAAUGAAGAUCUAUUUCUGCAAUUUGCCAACUCCAGAUGUGACACUGACCGCAGCCCACCCUAAGUACUGUCUGUAGUAUCUCCCUAUGUGUGCGUACAGCAGUUUCCCCUUAUAUGGUAGAUUCCUGGCUUUAUUAUAAUCUAAUCCCCAUAGUAUUUAUGUGUUGCUUUGUUCUUUGGCAAUUAAAUGAGGAAAUAAUUGGUCAAAACUGGAAAUGUAUUGUCCUAACGGUGUCCCUUUAAUGUUUCACAUGAAAAUGUUAUCGCCUCACUAAAAUGUUUUUCUCCAGUGUCUGGCCAGUUGAAAUUAAUAACUUAACAUUUGUGUGUCUAUUAAAUGUGACUAAGCAAAAUUUACUGAAAAUGAACUAUAAAAUCAAAGGUAUCUAAACUUUUGUACUUGUCUUGAUUAAUCACGUAUAUUUACAUUUGAUUUUAUUGUCUUCAUUUGAUUUGAUUUUAUCACAUUUGUAUGAUUAUUUUGAGGACUCUAUAAUUAAUGAUUUUAUUUUUAAAUGUCAUUACCUGUUCAUGACCAAAUUACCAAGGACCAACAUUUAGAUUUAGAUUGUUUUCACUUGGAAAUUGAAAGGCAUAGAGUUUCCAUGAAAACAUUAAUGAAAUAAUCAUUAUAGGCAAGUAGCCUAAAAAUGCAAUUGCUGGUAAACCUUGCCUCAAAUUUCAUAAUAUACCAUAACUGUUUUUAUAUCUUGCCACUAAUUUUGACUGGAUUUAAUAGCACUUUAUUGUACAAUUACAAAAAAAAAUAUAUUCCUAGAAUUGUUGCCAGUGUAAUUUCUCUAAUGUUCUGGUGCUUUUCAUAUAUUUUCAGUAUUUUUAUUACUAUAUUGGUAUUUUCUUUGUAUAAAUUGAUCAAAAGAACAUGUUUUCUAUUUUAAUAUGUUUUAGAAAAAUAAUUACAUUUGUGCAAUAAAUAUCAUCAGGAAAAAC